CAUCGAUAAUGUUUAAUUGAUAGUUUUAUUUGAUCAUCAUCAUUUUUCAAUAUUAUUGUGCUUGUGUUUGUGUGUAAAUGGUGUGAUUUAUGGUUAUGUAGUGUGUUACUGGCUAAUUUUUAUAUAAUUUACAUUAAUUUGUACUCAAAAAUUUCGAAUAAUAUAACAAAGAAAAAACUUCGAUUCGACUUUUUGUUUUAAAUUUUCUUUUAUCUCGUUGAACAAAUAAAUGUCAAUAAAACCGGCUGCCAUUGCUGGCGAUCCAGAAUCGUUAGCUGAAUUAUCACGUUGUGAUUAUUCUAUACGUAUUACAUUGGAUUCUGCACGAGCUGGUCAUAUACCGUCGGAUCGUAAAAUUCGUAUCUAUGCCGAUGGUAUUUAUGAUCUAUUCCAUGCUGGUCAUGCUAGACAAUUGAUGCAAGCUAAAAGUGCAUUUCCAAAUGUCUAUCUUAUUGUUGGCGUGAAUGGUGAUUAUUUAACUAAUAAAUUCAAAGGUAAAACAGUAAUGAAUGAAACCGAACGUUAUGAAGCGGUACGACAUUGUCGUUAUGUGGAUGAAGUUGUCCGUGAUGCACCAUGGAUAUUGACAGAUGAAUUUUUAUCCGAACAUAAAAUUGAUUUUGUGGCACAUGAUGAUAUACCAUAUACAUCGAAUGAUUCGGAUGACGUGUAUACUAUUAUUAAAGAACGUGGAAUGUUUCUUGCCACAAAACGUACGGAAGGUAUCUCUACAUCUGAUCUUGUUGCACGUAUUGUACGUGAUUAUGAUGUUUAUGUACGACGUAAUCUGGCACGUGGUUACACAGCUAAAGAGUUGAAUGUUUCAUUUUUGAAUGAAAAAAAAUUUUUAUUACAAAACAAAAUGGAUGAAUUAAAAGAUAAAGGAAAAAUGUUGGUCGAAAAUUUGGGCCAAAAACGACAUGAAUUCAUACAAAAAUGGGAGGAUAAAUCGAUUGAAUUUAUCAAUAGUUUUAUCGAACUAUUUGGACCGGAUGGAACACUGAAUACAAUAUGGAAUCAAUCGACAGGUCGAAUAAAACGUGCCUUAUCACCAUCACCAUCACCUUCGAACUCUAGUCCGGAACAUCGUCUCGGUGAUGAUUCAUCAUUACCUCAUGGUAUGAAUACUGGAUUUUCUGGUUUUUCCGAAGAAGACGAUUAUUUGAAUACAACUGGAUCAUCACAUUCAAUGAAUCGAUAUGUAUCGACCACAAAACGAUCAAGAAAUGGCCCAAAAUCGAAUAAAUUAUCACGAAGAUCAAUUACAACAAGAUCGGUUAGUUCAAUGGACGAAUAUUCAGAUGAUGAAGAUAAUAAUGAUGAUUUGAAUGUUUCGAAAAAUAAUAAUCAUGAAAAUUCUUCAAGUAAUAAUCGUAGUAGCAUCAGUAGUAACAAUAAUAAUAGUAAUAGAAAUAUUAACAAAAUUUCCACAAACGGGGCAAAGGAAACAAAUCGAACUUCAACAAACAACCAACGGAGAAUGAAACAAAAAUAAGAAUAUCAACAACAAUCUUUAAAUCCUACACACACACAUUUAUUGGAAACAAACAAACAAAAAUUAUCUAUUCUUCAAGAUCUUUACAAAUUCAAAUAAUUUCUCUCUUUUUUUGGAUGAUUAAUAAAUUCUAUUCUGACGUUA